AUGCCAGCCGAAGCCGAAGCCGAUGAGUUUUGGCUGUUUGGAUACGGGAGUUUGAUCUGGAAACCGCCGCCGCACUUUGACAGGAGAAUCCCAGGCUGGGUGACAGGCUAUGUGAGACGGUUCUGGCAAGCAAGCGAAGACCACCGUGGCACCCCCGAAGCCCCAGGACGAGUCGUGACUCUCAUCUCGCGCUCAUACUGGGAGCAGCUGACCGACCACCAUGACUCGGCCCCCGAGAAAGUCUGGGGCGUCGCCUACCGCAUCAUCCCCGAGCGCGUCGCCGAGGUGAAGGACUAUCUCGACAUUCGCGAGAUAAACGGCUACACAAUCCACUACACCCCCUUCCACCCAGCACCCAGCAUUGACAACAACACCAACGAUCCGCUGACUGCCCUGCCCGGGAAACUGCCGAUCCAAACGUUGGUUUACAUCGGCACGCCAGACAACGAGCAGUUCGUCGGCCCGCAGGACCCCCAGAGGCUAGCCGAGCACAUCUACCGCAGCGAGGGGCCGUCGGGGCUGAACCGUGAUUACUUGUGGGGUCUGGAAAAGGCCCUCGAUGAACUCAGUCCGGAAAGCGGUGACGAGCACGUCACCGACCUGUCGAAUCGGGUUCGAGCGGUGGCGGCGGCAGCGGCGGCGGAAGGGAAAGGAGAGGUGGUGGUGAGCCAGACUGACAGAAAAAACCAAAUCCUGCGUGCGCAAUCUCCUGUCACUGUCAGUCUGGACGGUUCUUCUUCUUCUUUGGAGCAUCAACAUGAGCAUCAUCAUCAUCAUCAUCAUCAUCAACAACAUCACGAGUUCCAAAAGGUCAGCAGCAUAGACGAGCAAGAAGAGACAGAAAAGACUUCGUGA